AUGGCGGUGGCCUCAGCCUGGCCCUGGAGGAGAGCAUGGAUGAGACCGAGGGGCAGCAGCGGGCAUGACGCCGACGACGGAGGCGGUUCGCUGCCGCCUACCGGUGGCGACAGCACCACUUCAGGUAUACCACCUACACCGCCAGUACCACCACCACCACCACCGAUUCAGGCGGAGAACCGGCCGCGGCCUCGUGAUCUCCAUCCGUUCACGGUGCCGGUCGUGGGAGAAAACACGGAGCUGUAUGUAGCCAAGGAGCUCGCGGAAGACGUGGCCAAGAAGCUCGAGCAUAUCAAGGGGCUGGUCGUGGAAUUCAGUGGCGAUGAUAGCACCGCCGUGCAGACGUGGCUGUCGGAGCUGGACGUCGGCUGGGUUCUCCACCUCGCCGGAACACAUGAAUCUUCAUGGUGCGUCGUUACCUCGCACGGCUUCCAAUUUCUUGUAGAGACAUGGAUCCUAGCGCUACGAAAGAUCGGUGAAUCCAUCCUGACAAGCCUUGAUGGAUGGUACAGCCAGAGCCAGAGCCAGAGGCAGGACCAGGAUGAAGGAGCGAGAAAGCAGCCAUCUCCUUCUGAAUUUGCAGAACUUGUCCAAGCAACUGUGCUCAAGAUGCUGCCUUUCGUUGACAUUGCUGCUGCCGCAAAAACUACUGAUAGGCCGGGGGCACUGGCACCAGCUGAGAAGCUCCAGGCACUAAUAGACAUGCAUGACGCUCUUUCCAUGGCCUCCCAACAUAUCCUGCCAUUACAAGUAGAAUCUACUGACGGUGCGAUGGAAGAUUUCUUGUCGGCAGACCUGACCAAGUUAGAUGAGGCCAUAUGGGCUACAAUUGUUGAGAUCAUGAAUAUUGUCAUGGCCUGGACCUGGAAAUGGUCGAACGACCGCGGUUCAAGUGACAUUCACAAGGUCAUGAAGUCCAUAGUAAGCUACACCAAGGUGUUGUGGGCCAAUUACGGUUCGGUGAAUCUCAUUCUAGAUGAUGCAGUUCUCCGCGGUGAGUUUGUGCCUGAGAAUGAAAACGUGAGCCAUGUCCCCAACCUCAUCGUGGAGAUGGUCUCUUCCACAACAACGUCAUUCUGGACAUCGUCGUCGUUCCUAGAUGAGAGACUCAGGUUCCUAUUCUUGAUCAACAGUUUCUACUACUUGUUGCAGCAGUUACGCACAAUUAGGAUCCUGCUUUGCUUCACUAGAUACCCGUCUCCUCUAUCGAAGUUUGAGUCAAAAUUUCAGAAGACCUAUGCCACCCAAAAGCUCCGGAAGGUCCCAGACCCGAAGAUGCGGAGAAGGCUGCGGAAAGCCGUCGUUGAUAAAGUCAUCCCAGUGUUUACACAAUUCUUGGAGGAUAACAGCAUCGUCACCCCAGGAUUCACUCCCAGGAAACUAGAGAAGAUGCUAGGAGAGUUAUUUGAAGGGUGA